CUCGUCGUUGCGGCAGUCGCUGUCGCCACUUCGGUGCAACCGGAACGGAACUGAUCUUGCGAGCGAGUCGUAGUGCAUUUUGUGUAGUCUUUGGAUACUAGCGAGUAGUUUGUACAUUAAUCGCAACAAAAUGGCGUCAGGAGUGACUGUCUCGGACUCGUGCAAAACCACCUAUGAGGAGAUCAAAAAGGACAAAAAGCAUCGCUACGUGAUCUUCUACAUUCGCGACGAGAAGCAGAUCGAUGUGGAGGUCGUGGGCGAUCGCAAUGCCGAGUACGAUCAAUUCCUCGAUGAUAUUCAGCAAGGAGGACCCGGAGAGUGCCGAUAUGGUCUCUUUGACUUCGAAUACAUGCAUCAGUGCCAAGGAACAUCGGAGAGCUCGAAGAAACAGAAGCUGUUCCUCAUGUCAUGGUGCCCGGACACCGCGAAGGUCAAGAAGAAGAUGUUGUACUCGAGCUCCUUCGAUGCGCUGAAAAAGUCUCUGGUCGGUGUUCAAAAGUACAUUCAGGCCACUGAUCUUUCGGAGGCUUCGCGAGAGGCUGUGGAGGAGAAGCUGCGCGCCACGGAUCGCCAAUAAUUUAAUACACAGAUGAGAGAGAGAGAGAGAAGAUGAAGGAUGUCUCUUUUCACCUUUAUAUUUAUCGGAAAAAUGAAUUAUUAUUUUUUUUUUUUGUGUAAAACUCUGGCGCGCCGCAAAAGUUAGUAAGAAAAAAGAGAUAAGAAAGAGAGAAAGGAUGAAUAGCUUGAUGAAGAGAGUGAAAUAGAUGCAAAAAGAGCGAAAAAAAUGGAAGGAACACAAGCACAAUAUUUGUCAAUAAGUGAAGAUGGAAAAAAAGAGGAGUAAAAGAACAUGAGAGAGAAAAAUGAUGGUAAUCACAAUAAUCAAUACAAUUUUAUAUAGAAUUACAAUUUAAGAGAGUUUUUUGAUAAGAUGAGAGCGAGAGAAAGAGAGAGAAAAAGGUCAUUUUUCCUACCAGUAAAUGCGCGAUGAAGGAAGAAGAAGAAAAAACGUACAUUUUCAAGGAUUAAAACAUAAGUUGUUUUUUUUUCAUUCAUGCAAUGAAGAAGAAAUGAGUGAAUUGCCGAUGACGUGGUUUUUUUUCCUUUGUAUAAUUUAAAUAUCAUUUUAUUCAUACAGCAAAAGAUGAAGAAUGAAGGAAGCAAACUACUUAUUGCAACAAAAAAAAACAUAUGUAAACUAAUUGUCUUCUAAUAAAAAUGAUAAAAUGCAUACAAUUUAGAGCGAGAGAGACGUAUAAAAGAAUUAAGGUGGUGAAGAAAUCCCGAUGAAAGAAUAUUUAAGGACACACCAAAUCCCAGUCAUUUUUGUACAGAUUGAUUUUUGCUCUUUUUUGACGGAACACGAAUUCUCUCUUACAAUUUCUGAGACAUUUUAAUUUAAAAGAAAAAGAAAGAAAGCGUAUAAUUAUAUUGAUUAAAUUCUUCGGAGGAAUAGGGAAUUUUUAUUUGCAUUUUCUUUUGUGUACUGAUUUUUUUAGCUAAAAAAAAAAUAUGAGGAGAGAAACAAUUUGCCAAGACGACAAAACACACAGAACAAUUUUGAGAGUCACAGUCAUUUCAGAUUUCAUUUCACAAGUCCAGCCAAAGUGCAACUCUUCCGGCAACUCUGAUAAGAAGAAGAUGAUGAAAAAGAAAAGAAAACAAAGUAUUAACAAGCGCUAUUUAUGUUCAUUUUUGCACUUUGUUGCCGCAUUCGCAUGAAGAAUGAAGAACUCGACAGAGUAUAAAUUAAUAGAUUUCCGGACAUGUUUUUCAGUGAAGUAAAAAAAAAAGAA